AUGAAGGAAACAGCCUCACAUCUCUUUCUUCACUGCCAAUUCGCAGUUGACAUCUGGUCUGCAGCUCCAAUAAGCAACUUAGCGGUCAUCACCACAGCAUUGGACUUCGAAGAAGCACUCAAACUUGGAACAAAGCUGACUAACCUACCCCCUACAGGACUUCACAUGGGACCUCUGUUCCCUUGGAUUGUUUGGAACAUCUGGAUUACACGAAAUUUGAAGAUCUUCGAAAACAGGGUUUUCAAACCAGCGGAGACACUCUCGAAAGCAAUAGCAGACGCGCGUGAAUGGCAAGAAGCACAACCUGGGCGACAAACUGGGCCAAAACCACAUCUACAGGCUUCGACGCUACCAUUGCCUCGAACGGACGCCUUGAUUAUCAACACUGAUGCAUCAUGGAAAAAAGAACUCUUUUCUGCAGGAUUGGCUUGGGUUUUCUCAACACCAUCAGGACAUGUGUUACACCAACAGGGCCUAUUCGAAGAUUGUGUAAACUCAGCUCAGAUGGCGGAGGCCUUAGCGAUAAGGGAAGCUCUACGCCAAGCCAAAGCACAAGGUUUCAACAACGUCAUCCUCAAGUCAGACGCUCAGACUUUAGUCCGAGCCAUCAACAAUCGAGAAUCAAUCAAGGAUCUCUUUGGAAUUCUUCAUGAUAUUCUUAAGUUAGCUGUGACCUUGAUGUAA